CACACAAGUUCCUUCCGCUCUGGUUCGGGCCAUCCAAAUCGCUCCCUUGCAUCCCAUCCCAUCGCGCCGCAUUGCAUCGCAUCGCAUCGCACACCGCGUCUCGCAUCACACCCCAUCGCACACCGCGGUUUGUCACGCAUUUCAUUCCAUCGCACCAUGACCAACCCUCCCGCCGGAGCAGCUACGCCCAGCCGCAACCCCGCCCGGCACAACUAUGCCAACACCCACACCCCCAUCGCUAGCGCCAAGAGGCCCCGAUCCAGCAUGGACAAGUCGGCCCUGAAGAACCGCACGGCGGGCCUUUCCGUCCCGUCCACCCCGCUGGGGAAGUUUGGGAGCGCGGAUGCCAACGGCAAUGGAAACGACAGGGCCGACGCCCCCCUGACCCCGGUGCCAUCGAUGGUGACGACGCAAAGCGUCUCGUCCCCCGUGGCGUCGACGCCCCGUGCCAUGGACCGAGCGAACCUCAGUCCGAUGCACCCGGCCCGCCCCACGAUUCGCUCGGAAGAGGAAGACUCCGAUCGGGUCGAGGGGGCCACGAACAUGGUCGACGCGAUCUUUAGUCCCAUGCUCAAGCUGCUGGGGGCCGGAGAGGCAGGAGAGGAGGAAGAGGGCCAGGACCGGGAAGGAGGCCAAGAGCUAGAGGUGGUGGCGGAACACGACGAGGCCGAGGCGGAGGAACACCAGCACCGCCCGGCGAACAACGAGGACCCGGCGGCCGAGGUCGAGGUCCCGCCGGAAGACGCCGCGGUCGUGGAAACCGACGACGGAUCCUCGCAGGGAACCGAGUACGAGGACGAGGAAGAAUUCAAUCCCUACGCCUUUAUCAAAUCCCUUCCCCACUAUGACGACGUCAAGUCGCUCUGCCCGGCCGAUCGGUUGCCGGCCAAGCGGGACGAUGCCCCUCCCAUCACGCUCGUCCUCGACCUCGACGAGACCCUGGUGCACUGCACCGUCGAACAGGUCGACGACGCCGACCUCACCUUUCCCGUAGACUUUCACGGAAUGACCUACACGGUCCACGUCCGGUUGAGGCCCUACCUCAACCAGUUUCUGGAGGCGAUUGCCGACAAGUUCGAGGUCGUCGUCUUUACCGCGAGCCAGCAGGUCUAUGCGGACGCCCUGCUCGAUCUCAUCGAUCCGAGUAAGUGGCUUGGCUUGGCUUGGUUUGCUUUGAUUCGAUUCGGUUCGAUUUGAUUCGUUUUUGUUUUUGUUUGGUUUCCUUUCGUUUGUGUUGCGUCCCCUGCCUCCCGGUCGUCUCACAACUCUUGCGUGUCGCCCUGUCUUCCGGUUUCACCACAGAUCACGAGUACAUCAAGUACAGAAUGUUCCGAGAGUCCUGUCUGCCCGUCGAAGGAAACUACCUGAAGGACCUGAACGUCCUGGGACGAGACCUAAAGAAAGCGGUCUUGGUAGACAAUUCUCCCCAUGCCUUUGGCUACCAGGUCAACAACGGAAUCCCGAUCGAAUCGUGGUUCGACGACAAAAACGACACGGAGUUGCUCAAACUGGAACGAUUCCUGCGCACCCUUCAAAACGUCGAAGACGUCCGGCCCGUCGUUCGGAGGACCUUCCGAACCUACGAACUAAUCGCAAACGCACCGUAGAGACGAGGGACAGCAUUCAUACUCGUACACAGCAAAUGAAGAUGCCGUGCCAUGCACACGCGUGGGAUUGGGGUGUUCGCUGGUACACUACUGCAGGAGCACAUGCGUCUUUGCCAAGUCGGUGGGCUGGAAUCGAAUCAGGUCAUUUGGCGGGGGAAACUGACGAUCGGUCCGCAACGAUCCAUGGUGAAUACAAUGGCAGACAUAGU